AUGGGACUGGAGUUGGGUACAUACAUGGCGUUUCUGGCGCGCGACGCAGUGGGAAAGGCGCGCCACUGCAUGGACGGCGCGUUCCGCGUGGUGCGCGACUCAGGAAAGUGCAUCGGACUGGGGCGGCAAGAGCAAGCGGUGCCUCAUCACGUGGGCAUCGUCAACUCGCGGCGUACGGUGGUCACGCGGCGCGGCGACAGCCUGCAGCGCUCGCACAGCACGUACAGCCCACGGAGCAGUCCGGGGGCCGCAGUACGGCCGAACUUCGGGGAUAGCGAAGGAGGCCCACGCGCUGCGGCGCAUGUCCGAUUCCCGUCGUCGAUUUCGGUGUCCGCGUCCACGCCCGCCUCCGCGGCAGCGGCGUCGAUUCCGUGCAACGCGAUGGUGGACCCUGCGGACCCGUUUGUGCUGACGGUGCGGGUCACCACGUGA